AUAUGCCACUUGUUAGUUCCAGUAAAUUAAUCAGGUAUUGAAAGUUUAAGUAUUGUACUACACGAGCAAAACUAAUCACAAGGAUGACAGCAGCUGGGCGACAACAUCUCCCGCAUCAGGGACAGCAAGAAGGUCUCCCAGGCAUGGAGGACCGGACUCUUCGGGAUCACAGCGAGGCCGUCCCCAACGCUGCCGCACCUUCCCUGCUGCCGUCGACACUCCCUGCCCUCAACCCGGCCUCCGCUGCUCCCUGUGCUCGCCUCUCCGCUCUGGCCUGGGAGACCUGGUGCUCCAGAUCAGGUGUGUGCGAGAUGGGGAUCAGGUAUCUCCAGUCGAUCGUGGGAUCAGGUGUCUCCAGGAGAGCUCAGGUGAUCUGGAACCUGAAGACAACUUGUGCAACAUCAUUUUCUAGCAAGAUGCAUGCUGGAGAUCCUGAAGACAACUCUAGUGAAAUUUUAUGUUUAUAUUGUAAUAACGAGCAUGACUGAGUCUUAUUGCUCCA